CCCUGAAGCGCAUUGAGUUGAUUUCCGGCAAGAAGGCUGAAUUCGUUCAGCUGGAUGUCACCGACGAGGCUGCCUUCGACCGCGUCUUCGAGGCCCACCCCGACAUUGACAGCGUCAUCCACUUCGCUGCCCUGAAGGUGAGUCGCCAUGCGCUGACCCGAUGUCCAAGCGCAGUGGCUGACGGAUAUCAUCAACACAGGCCGUUGGAGAGUCCGGCGAGAAGCCUCUGGACUACUACCACGUCAACGUCUACGGCACUAUCUGCCUCCUGCGUUCCAUGGUCAACCACAAUGUCACCAACAUCGUCUUCUCCAGCUCCGCCACCGUCUACGGCGAUGCCACCCGCUUCCCCAACAUGAUCCCCAUCCCCGAGAACUGCCCGCUGGGCCCCACCAACCCCUACGGCAACACCAAGUUCGCUGUCGAGAACGCCAUCACCGACGUCAUCAACGCCCAGCGCAACAACGCCAUCAAGGCUGGCAACGAGGCCGAGGCCAAGAAGUGGAACGGUGCCCUGCUCCGGUACUUCAACCCCGCCGGUGCCCACCCCAGCGGCAUCAUGGGUGAGGACCCCCAGGGUGUCCCCUACAACCUGCUGCCCCUGCUGGCUCAGGUCGCCACCGGCAAGCGCGAGAAGCUCCUCGUGUUCGGAGAUGACUACGCUUCCCACGACGGAACCGCCAUCCGCGACUACAUCCACAUCCUCGACCUGGCUGACGGUCACCUGAAGGCCCUCAACUACCUGCGCCUCAACAACCCCGGAGUCCGUGCCUGGAACCUGGGUACCGGCAAGGGCAGCACGGUGUACGAGAUGAUCCGUGCCUUCUCCGCGGCCGUGGGCCGGGACCUUCCCUACGAGGUUGCUCCCCGCCGGGCGGGUGACGUGCUCAACCUGACCGCCAACGCCAGCCGGGCCACCGAGGAGCUGGGCUGGAAGCCGACGCGCACCCUCGAGCAGGCCUGCGAGGACCUCUGGCUGUGGACCCGCAACAACCCCCAGGGCUACCGCCAGCAGCCCCCGGCCGAGCUGCUGGAGAAGCUGAACAAAUAAACUAUUAAUGACUACAAUCUAUUAGAAUCUGUGCCGGGACGUCCGAUAGACGAUUGGACCGGGUAAUUGGAUGAGACGAAUUUCCUUGCAUGUGUUGCUGGCCGUCUGUAUCUAGAGCGUUGUAAGGCUUGUUGCUUUCUAGAUAUAUUGAAUAAACGGCUAGAUUGGCUAUUGGCUAUUUUGGUAUUCCGUAGUCAUCUAUCACCUUGGUUGACUACAUCUACUACCCAUGAAACGAUAGGA